AUGUUUGGAUUGUUGUUUGGAUUGUCUCAAGAGGAACAUACCCGCUCUCGACAGCGUCGUGGUCGUGGUGGUUCGGGGAGCGGCUCCAUUUCGGGUUCCGCAUCGCCGUACAGCUCCUACCAGACAUCUCCUUCUCCAUUUCCCUCUCAUUCUCCUCCCGCUCCCGGUGUGGCACCCACUCCUGCUCCUGCUCAUGCUCCUGCUCAUCCGGCACUUCUGAGAGUUGCGGAGUUUGUUCGACAGCCGGGUCGUGACCAUCUUCCAUAUCUCACUCAGUAUCCACGUGGACAGGGUCAGACAUGGUUUGACCGAUCCGGGAACGGGAUCAGCGGAUGGAUCAACAGUAUGAUGUACUCGUCCCUCGACAAUGGACAUCCGACUUUCACCGACUUCCCUCUCGAGAAGCAGCAUAUGUGGUUUCAACAGUUUGCGCAACAAUUCAACUGGAAUGCCGAUGAUACGUUGUUUAUCUAUUACCACUUCGUCCAUAAAGUUAUGGACAACUAUGGGAAGCAGAUGCACUCGUGGAAGAAGAAGUGGGAAAUAAACAAGGUUCCAAAGGGGAUGGACCCGACGGUCUGACGGGAGUUGAGUGAGCAUUGGAGUAAGAACGAAGUCAGAGCAACUUCUUCCACCAACUCCACCAACCGCAAGAGCGACCGUAAGGGGAAGGGCAUGUACGUCCAUAACUUGGGUGCUCAGUCUUUAGCUAGUCUGGGAGAUCGCUUGGUAAGCUUGUCGGUUUUUAUUAUAUUAUUUAAGAUUCUAAUAUUUUUUGUGCAUUUCUUUUAAUUACUAAUGUUUGUUUAAUUUAUGUUUUUUCCAAGGCGCAAGAAAAUGAGGGGGAGCCGGUUGAUCAUCUCCGCCUAAUAAAGACGGCGUAUACCAACAAGAAGACCGGCGAGAUUGAUGAUGGUGUUGUGAGGGAUGUGGUCACCCUCAUCGACAGUCAGAUGGAACAGGAAGUGUCUCAGCUUCAAACCGAGGAUGACGAUUCGACGGGAUCGACCGGCUUGCCUCGGGUUCGGAUCAACCAAAUCGUUGAAGCGUCGGUUCCAAAGAAGAAGGGCCGUUUGUUCGGUUUGGCUCGUCGGUCUCCCUCGGUUCCGUCUGCUUCUGCACCACCACCGUCCUAUGUUGAUCAAGAAGUCCUUCUGAGCCAGAUGAGGGACAAGGAUGCUCGCAUAUCUGCGCUGGAGUCCAUGGUGGCGAGUCAAGAGGCGGGCUGGGAGGCACAGAGGAAGCUGAACGAGCAAAUGAUGGCGAUGAUGAGGAGCAUGAACCCGAACGCCAACGUCGACUUCCCGAACAUGCCAGACCCGGACUUCCAAACCCCGUAGUUUAAUUUAUUUCAAAAACUCUAAAUGUUUUCUUUUCGUUUGUAUGACUUUGAAUUUUAAAUAAUAUGUUUUUAAUUUAAAUUUUAAUUUUAUAUUUACGAAUUUCAAUUUUAAAAAUAUUAUUUUUUAAAAAAAUAAUUUUUUAAAAAAUUUAAUUUUCGGAAUAUUCAGAGGAACAGAUGUCCUCGG